UGCUGGGUAUAAAAGGACUUUCUAUUUGGUUUCUGCUAUGAGUGUAUUGUUAUGUCGACUGUUGUUAAACGUACCUUCAGCUGUACCACAACGUGUCUGUUCGCAAUUGCUUUCUCUGAGAGUAAAAAAUACUGUUAAUUUGGUUAAAUACACAGUUCUUACUAGACAAAUCAUGACACAAUCACAGCGCAUUAUUAAUGAUUCUGUUUACUCCAAACCUGUUGGAAUUGGUGAUGUGGAAAAUGUUGAGAUGAUGCCUGAGCUUUCAAUAGAUAAACAGUUUUUAAAGGAUGCAAUGAAAAUAGUAUUUACAGAAGGAGUGGUCAAAGCAGGAGACAGAAAAACAAAAGUUGUUGAAUAUUUAGAACCUGAUGAAUUGAGGGAUGUAUUCGAUUUCAAAAUUAGAGAUGAAGCCGAAACUUCAGAGACAUUAUUAAAAUUAUUGAAGGAUACAUACAAAUACAGUGUUCUGCCAGCCAAUCCUCGUUUCUACAAUCAGCUUUUCUCUGGACAAGAUGUGUAUGGUCUUGUUGGGCAAUGGGCGACUGACUCGUUUAAUUCUAGUGCCUACACCUAUGAAGUAGCACCGGUAUUUGUGUUGAUGGAACAUGAAGUUAUUAAAAGAUUACGUGAAACUAUUGGUUAUACAAAUGGAGAUGGAGUGUUUUGUCCAGGUGGUUCAAUAGCCAACAUGUAUGGGAUAAAUUUAGCAAGAUUCAAGAAAUAUGGAAGUGAAAUAAAAAGUAAAGGACUUUAUGGGUUACCAAGACUAAUCAUCUAUACCUCUGAGCAUUCGCAUUAUUCAGUUAAGAAAGGAGCUGCUUUUAUGGGUUUUGGUACAGAUAGUGUGUAUCUUGUGAAGUGUGAUGAGAGAGGACGAAUGAUUCCGGAAGACCUCGAAAGACAGAUUGAAUUAGCCAAAAGUCAGGGUCAUGUUCCUUUCUUUGUGAAUGCCACCAGUGGUACUACAGUAUUUGGUGCAUUUGAUCCACUCAAUAAGUUGGCAGACAUAUGUGAACAACAUGAUAUGUGGCUUCAUGUUGAUGCAUGUUGGGGUGGAUCAUCUGUGAUGUCACGAAAAUGGCGUCAUCUUUUAGAUGGAGUGGAACGUAGUAACUCGUUAGCUUGGUGUCAACAUAAAAUGAUGGGAGUGCCACUACAGUGUUCAGCAUUUCUUCUCAGGGACAAUGUUGGAUUGAUGCAUAAUGCUCACUGUGCUGGUGCCACUUACCUCUUCCAACAAGACAAGUUUUAUGAUAUGUCUUAUGAUACUGGUGAUAAAGUCAUACAGUGUGGCAGAAAAGUAGAUGCUUUCAAGUUGUGGCUCAUGUUCAAAGCUAAGGGCAAUUUGGGCUUUGAGGAAGAAAUCAACAUCAAAUUUGCAAACUCGAGGCACUUUGCUGAAAAAAUCAAAGAAAGUGAUGGUUUUAAACUUGUAGUUGAGCCUACUUGUACCAACGUGUGUUUCUGGUACAUACCUCCUUGUUUACGAAGUAUGAAUACAAAUACUGAUGAGUUCAAUGCAUGGCUGGGAAAGGUUGCACCAGUGAUCAAGGAAAGAAUGGUAAAACAAGGAACUCUGAUGAUAGGUUACCAACCUUUAUUCGGCAAACCAAACUUCUUUCGUCACAUAUUUAGUAACGCAAAGACGACAUUCCAAGAUGUUGAGUACAUCUUAGAUGAAAUUGAUCGCCUUGGUAAUGACCUGACACUUUCAGACUUGAGUAAAGUCAAAUCGCCAAAUGAAGAAUAGUACCAGAGAUAAUAUUCAAUUAUGAAAAGAAAUCAACAUAAAACAAUUCAUUAUCAGUGAUCUGGGAGCAUCUUUGGGGGGUGGGGGGGACGGGUCAGUUGAUUUUUUGAUUGAACUUAAAUGUCUGUACUUCUAUUUUCUGUGAAAUAUAACUGAAUUACGGUACUACCAGUUUUUUUCUUUUCUGGUUCAGGAAAGAAAUCUGUAUUUUAAGUAAAUUUUAUAAUAGCUCAAGAUGAGAGGAGCAAGUAAACAAGUGUUUAUGUUGACAGGAAUUAUUUUAGAAUGAAAUUGUGUUGUCUAUAUCAUAACAGUGCCUCAUUAGUAGAUUUAUCAGUUUUAUGAAUAAGUUAACAAUAAAUAUGGAUAAUCACACUUGUAAUGUUUGUGUGGUUGAUUGUACAACCCCUGUAGAAUAAGAGUAUCUUGUACAUACUGCUGGCAAUAAUAAGACAUCAGUUAUGUCAAGUGUUGAUUUUAUUUAUAAACAGGAUGAAUUGUCAGUUUGUUUAAUUCAUCACUUUGUAUUGAAGUGUUGUUGUAUUUUAUUUACGUAAUUUUUCAUAUCUUUCAAUAUGGAGCAAUGCUAGUGUUGAAAGCUCCUUGAAAAUAGAUUAAUUUCAUAUCACUGGGAAACUGAAAUAAAGCAAUAAGUCAAUCUCGUUAUCAGUGUUCUAAGUGAUGAAGUAGCCUUUAGUAUGGUUGUCAUGGAAAUAAAUAUUGUUGAAUGUU